GCCUCAACGACUAGAUAAAAGCAAGAAAAAGGAGAAGGAAAUAAAUGCGAGAUGUGCGAAUGGUCCUGGUUGGUGACGAGAGCGUUGGGAAGAGCACCAUCGUCACUUCGUUAAUCAAGGAAACCUUUAUGCCCCAUGUCCAGCAUGUUGUGCCAGAAAUCACUAUUCCACCAGAGGUGACCGCAGCGAAUGUGACGAUGUACAUUGUGGACACGGGCUCGGGAGCACAGGAUCGCGCCCAUUUGGAAUCAGAAAUUCGGAAAGCUCACGUCAUCUGUGUCGUUUAUGCCAUCGACAAUCCCCAUUCAUUCGACCGAAUACCCACUUACUGGCUACCUUAUUUUCGACAGCUCGGCGUUAAUGUCCCUGUAAUUCUUGUUGGGAACAAAAUUGAUUUACGGAGCGGCGUCGUGACAAAUGAGGCUCUCGAAGAAGAGAUUGCUCCAAUAAUGAAGGAGUUCAAGGAAGUGGAGACGUGUUUAGAAUGCUCAGCAAUGACGCAAAUCAAUGUCCUGGAGGUUAUCCAUUUUGCUCAAAAGGCCGUCACUCAUCCUCUUGCACCACUCUACGAUUCCCAUCAGCACUGUUUUAAACCUGCUUGCGCGAAUGCCUUGAGACGAAUAUUCAAACUCAGUGAUAAAAAUAAAGAUGGAGUGCUCGACGCAUCCGAGCUGAAUGAUUUCCAGAUGAAAUGCUUUGAUACCCCUCUACAGUAUGCUGAGCUACAGGGCCUAAUUGAUAAAGUGGGAGCCGAGAAAGAAGAUGGCGUUCGAGAUAAUGGCCUGACGGAAGAGGGCUUUCUUCAUCUUAACAUGACCUUCAUGUGGAAGGGUCAACCUGAAACCACUUGGAAGAUCCUCACGACACACGGCUAUGCGAGCGAUUUGAAGCUGAACGAGGACUUCCUUCAUCCACGACUCGAUGUUCCUUCAGAUUGCUCCGUCGAACUGAGCCAAAGAGGUUACCAAUUCUUUACUGACAUUUUCGAGCUCUUCGACAAGGAUCAGGACGGGGCACUCAACAAGGCAGAGCUAGACCAAUUAUUCAGUACCUCACCAGGAAAUCCUUGGUCCAAUCAGAAUUUCCCCGACACCACUAUCGCAUCAGACGCCGGAGCAGUAACGCUUCAAGGCUGGUUGGCCCAGUGGAGUAUGACCACACUUCUAGAAUACAAGACGACUCUGGCCUAUCUUGCUUACCUUGGAUACCCGGAAUCACCCCAAACGAGUGCACUGCUCGUUACGCAGCCCAGGAAAAAGGACCGAAAGAAAGGCAAGAUGACUAGGAAUGUAUUCUUGGUCUAUGUCUGCGGAGCAGCUGGUUCGGGCAAGACUUCCCUGUUGCGCGCCUUCGUCGGGAAAUCAUACCUUAAAGUAUACCAGCCAACAACUAAGGUGCUCAGUGUCGUCAAUUCUAUCGAUAUAAACGGGUCGGAGAAGUACCUCGUGCUCCAAGAAUUUGGUUCAAAAUAUGAGCCGGAGAUCUUACGAUCGUCCAAAAAGACCGAUAUGGCAGACCUAAUUGUUUACGUCUACGAUUCCAGUGAUACAAAUUCUUUCUCCUACAUUAGCAAUUUACGACAACAAUAUAGCUUGAACCAUAUACCGACAUUAUUCGUUGCAACAAAAUCAGAUCUGGACCUAGCACAGCAGCGACACGAAGUGCAGCCUGACGUGUAUUGUCGACGUCUGAACUUGCAAGUCCCAGUAGCUGUGAGCGUAAAAGACGGGCAACUCGCUGACGUGUUCCACGUAAUGUGCAACAUUGCUCUGAACCCGUUGCGAUCAAUACCGGGAUACAAAGAUCGUGCGUUGACGCCUGCUGCUCGCGUACGUUUGUAUAUUACGUGGACUGCUGUGUUGGGUGGAUUGACUGCUGGCUUGAUGAUGGUGUAUCGGACGUUUCUGAGACCAAGCGGAAUCCUGGGCAGCUGGGGAGGAAUAGGAGCAAUUUUCGGCCGAAGAGAGUUGUGACACGUUCCCUGCGACAAGCAUGUUGUGUGAGGUACAUUAUUUACCUACUAUUUUGCACGUUGGCGUAUUCUACAUUUCAACGGAAGCAACAGCGCCUGAGCUGGCC